GCCGUGACUUCAUCACUAACCUCUCACUCAGCGAUAAUUGGCCCUUCUUCAAAACCGUCUAUCUAGGACAAGAUUCGCUCCAUCACUCCCAUAAACCACAUCAUCGUCGUUCCCGCGAUAAAACUCUGAAACUCUGGAAACUUUAUCUUCCCCUCGAAUCACAAAAAGAUCAAUUCAAAUUUGUUCUCUUCCUGCAACGUCUCAUGACAAUGGUCGAAGAGCAUUAUAACAAUCGUCAUCGAUCUACAAAUUGGAAAGUCUCACAACCAAUCGAAGAUUGGUAUCACCAAAGUAUCCGCGACCUCUCUGGGCUGGGAAUCGAUGAGAAUCGCAUGAAUAGGAAGUGGAAAAAAGUGGUCCGGAAAGGGUAUGAAGAAGCAGCUGAGAAAGAACAAAAAGCUGCGGGAAAAGUAAAUUUGGAAGGGAUGGGAAAAGAAAAGGGCUAUCCCCAUCAUCGUCAUCGUCAUGGGGGAGGAAGAAGAAAAUCGUAUUAUGAACCUUCUGAUUGCUCCUGUGACGACGAAUCAUCAGAUAGCACAGAUUCCUGUUACUGCCAACCCAAACCCUCCAAAUCGAUAUAUCUCACUAAGAAAAAGGAAAAGGAAAAGGAAAAAGAAAAAGAUCAUCCGAAAGGAAAAUCCAGGUGGAAGAUUUGUCGGCAUAGCCCAGGAAACUGUCCGCUCGAACACAAAUGGAUUAAAUGUAAUGGACUCUGCGGUCUUUCGGCCUGUUUGGAAAAAGAACAUCGUAUGCAUAAAACGUAUAGCGAAAUCGAAUGUACGGAACCAAAUUGUAAGAAUUGUAAGAGAGCCAAGGAGAAACAGGAGGAGCGGGAAAAGGAGAAAACCCCUCCGUAUGAGGAGAAGAAGGUGCAUUGUACUUGUGGAUAUCGGUAUUGUAGGCACAAGGUUUUCGAAAUUGAGGAGAUUGCGAAGCCGCCGAUGCCGAGAUAUUUUUUCAAUAAAUGAUGGAAUGUUUUUUAUUUGAAUGGAUAUAAACGAUUGAUUAAUUAUCUUCGUAUCAAUCGACUUGAAAUGAAGAAGCGGAGAGUGUGGACUGUUUCAUUUGAGUUCGGGAAUACAACUGUUUUUGUCCUGUGGCUAGAAAUGAAUAUAGGGGUUUUCUCA